AUGACAGGUGGCAGGGGGUCUGCCUGGCUAGGGGGAAAGGGCAAGGGCGCUGGCGGUUACUCCAAGGGGGGUGGGGGGCAUGGCGGGGCGGGGCGUGGGGUUGAGGAACGACCUCUCCACGGCCACGGCCACGACCACGACCACAACCAUCACCUCAGGUUUCAUCGUGGCAUGGAGGUGCCGACUGAACUGGACUGGACUGGACUGGGUUUAGGUUGA